AUGGACGCGUUCCUGAAGCGCCAGCUGUUCGCGCAGGAUGUGGUGAUUCUUUCAGGCCAGCCGACGGAUCAUGGUGACGAUGGGGUCGCUCACAAGGAAUCCAAGCUCGUGGCGGCGCACGGAGGCGUCGUGGUUGGUGACGGCGAGCAGAGGAGCGACCGCGUCAAUGUGGUGCUGCUGACUGGCCAGGUCGAGGACGAAAUGCUCAAACAAUUGGCUGCACGCUUCCCCAAGGCCGAGAUCCUGCGCUCCCAAUGGGUCACGGACAGCGUACAAAAGAACCGACGGCUCUCGACGACGUCCUACCGCCUCCUGGAGCCCGCAAGUACAGAUUCACCCCCAGCCAAGAAGAAAAAAGUCUCAAAUUCAAGUUCAGCCUUCUUCACUGCUCAAACGCGAACUGUAGCGACUGAUACAGAACUGCCAGAGCCAAACUUUACGCCAUGGACGACAGUGCAAGGCUCGCUGUACGUGCUGGAUGCUCGAGCCAAGCAGCAGCAAGAAAACCCCGUAGAUAAGUUCAAGAUCGCGGGUUUUGAUCUGGACGGGACACUGAUCGUCACCAAGAGCGGCAAGAAAUUUGCCAAGGACAAAGAUGACUGGAAAUUGUUCCAUCCGACGCUCGUGAGAGAUAAACUGGCUCAGUUAGCGCGUGAUGGCUUCACAUUGACCAUUUUCUCAAACCAGAACGGGAUCGCCAAAGGACAUAUUACUGCUGCACAAGUGCAGAGUAAACUGGAGACGAUCGUGAAGCAGUUGAAGCUGCCGAUGUUGGUGUUUCUAGGAACCGAGAACGAUAUUAUGCGUAAACCUCGUCUAGGCGCUUGGAAGGAAAUGACUAAGAUGCUGAGUGACAAAGGAGAAGAACCUAUCGACAAAAAAGCGAGUUUCUAUUGUGGAGACGCUGCAGGGCGCCCGAAGAUAACUGGACGUGCAAAAGACUUCGCUGCGACGGACUACAAGUUCGCACUGAAUGCCGGGAUUCUCUUCUUCACACCCGAGGAUUUGUUUCUAGGCACAAAACAGCGGAUUCAUACACGCCCUGACACGUGGGAACCCGGCUUUGACCCAAAAUCAAUCGUUUUCAACGAUUCUACCGAGCCCUUGCUUAGCCCAUCUUCAGCACAAGCUGCGAAAUCUGAACAAGAAAUGGUUGUUCUCGUCGGGCCUCCUGCGUCCGGGAAGUCGUUCUUCUCGAAGACUUAUCUAAGCUCCUACGUCGUUGUGAGCCAGGAUGAACAGCGCACCGCUGCUAACUGCAAGAAGAAAUGUCUUGAAGCCAUUGAGAAGAAGAACAGUGUGGUUAUCGACAACACCAAUCGUGACCCACGGUCCAGGAAAGAAUGGAUUGCGAUCGCAAAGGAAAAGAACCUACCUAUUAGGUGUUUCGUAAUGGAUGUCGACAAGCCUCUUUCUAUGCACCUCAACACGUUCAGGUUGCUCACAGAGCAGAAGAAAAUCCCCGACGUCGCCAUUCACGGAUUUUUCAAGAAUUUCGUGGCACCAACAGUAAAGGAAGGAUUCGCAGAGGUGGUGAAAGUCCAGUUUCGAAUCGACAAAAACGUCACCGAAGCGGAUCAAGCGCUCCUGCGAUCCUAUAUUUGA